AUGGACGCCAGAACUCUAAUUUGGUCUGGAAGCCAGGCUCUGAUCCCUGCUGGGACCUGUGGCAAGGCGUAUUUGCAAAACCAUUUCUCUGCGGAUAGUUUCUUGGGAAAUCCUGAGCUUUGUGGAAACCCUUUGCCAAAAAGCUGUUCAUCUCUCCCUAUAUCCGAUGCCAAACCAUCUGAUUCAGAAGAAUCGAAGGGUCCUUCCAAAAGCCAGAUUCUUAUGUAUUCAGGCUAUGCUGUUCUGUGUUUGGUCUUCAUCCUCUUUGUAGUUCUUGCGCUGUGUAAAAGAAACAAGACAGGAAAUAAGGUUGAAGCAGAAAAGGAGGCAACUGAUGACAGUACUACUGACAAGCCUAGCUAUGUUUCAAAUGGAUACAAAUUAAGCGUGAGCAGACCAGAGUUAUCAGUCACUGCUGAGAGUGGGAUGGUUUCACAAUACUUGUUGUUUCUUUCAAGGCCAAAUGUAAAUGAUAUUACAUUGGAGGAAUUGAUGAUGUCCCCUGCGGAACUGAUUGGCCGAGGAAAGUUUGGUAGUCUUUAUAAAGUGAUGCUGGACAAUGGGAUGAUGGUCGUUGUUAAGAGGAUUAAUGACUUAACAUCAAGCCGUGACUUCAAAGAAAGGAUCCAAAUGCUGAGCCAAGUGAAGCACCAUUCUGUACUGUGUUACCUCUUGCUUUCUAUUGUUGCAAACAAGAGAAACUUUUGGUAUGAAUAUCAGGAGAAUGGAAGUUUGUUCAAGCUUCUACAUGGUUCCUCAAAAGACUUUGAUUGGACCAGUAGACUUGGGAUUGCAGCUACAGUUGCAGAGGCGUUAGCUUUCAUGCAUCAAGAGCUUGAAGAAUGUGGGAUCGCCCAUGGAAACCUGAAAUCGUCCAACAUUUUGCUAAACAAGAACAUGGAGCCCUGCAUAAGCGAGUAUGGCGUUAUGGUUAUGGAUGAUCAAGAACUUAAAAUUCAGCAGAGUUCAUCUUUUGCCGGUUCUUAUGCUGCUGGUGCAUCAGAAGCCUUCAAGGGAGAUGUUUAUGGCUUUGGAGUGAUUCUUCUUGAACUACUUACUGGGAAGUUGGUGAAGAGCAAUGGGAUGGACCUGACCGAGUGGGUUGAGCGUGUUGUAAGGGAAGAAUGGACGGGUGAAGUGUUUGACAGGUCCCUGAUAUCAGAGUAUGCCAGUGAAGAAAGGAUGGUGAGCUUGCUUCAAGUAGCUAUAAAAUGUAUUAAUCAUUCUCCAGAGGCUAGGCCAAGUAUGAGCCAAGUUGUUCUCAUGAUCAGCGUCAUAAAAGAGGAAGAAGAGAAAUCCUUGAUUUAUGAAGCACAGGACUAG